AUGGAUGAAUUGGUGUUCCUGAUGUUUCCAAUUCUGCAGUUUCUUGAGCUGUUCUGUGACUUGGGGUUCAUUGAUCAAUUAGAUAAAAGUGAAUGGGAAGUCAUCAGUCUCAAGAAGAAGGAAAAGGUGGGCUGCCUUGACCUCAGUUGGAUAAAGACAAUGUGGAAGAAUGAAGAAGGAAACCAGACAGCAAUCAAAGAAUUCAUCCUUUUGGGAUAUGGGGAUCAGCCUGAGCUACAGCCUUUGCUUUUGUCCCUCUUCCUCAUGAUUUAUAUUUUGACGCUAGCAGGGAAUUUCCUCAUCAUUUUGCUGGUUGUGGCUGAUCAGCACCUUCAAACUCCCAUGUACUACUUCUUGAGUAAUUUGUCCUUCCUGGAGAUUUGCUAUAGCUCCGUCACCUUGCUCAAAAUGUUGAGCAAUUUGAUAACUGGAGAAAGAACCAUUUCUGUUAGUGGCUGCAUAGCCCAACUAUUUUUCUUUGGCUUCUUUGCAGCUAUAGAAACAUACCUCCUGGCAGCAAUGUCAUAUGACCGCUACCUGGCAAUAUGUAAACCUUUACACUAUGCCUCCAUCAUGCAUGGAAAGCUCUGUGUUAAGCUCAUGGCUGGGCCAUGUAUUAGUUCUUUGCUGGGUAAUGGCAUAGUAGCCUACCUGAUGGCCCAGAUAUCCUUCUGUGGCCCGAAUGUCAUAGACCAUUACUUUUGUGACUUGAUCCCAAUGGAAAAACUCUCAUGUAGUGAUACAAGCCUGAUUGACCUCUUUGCCUUCCUCUUGUGCGCAUUGUACACCAUCACCCCAUUCCUGCUGACUCUCAUGUCCUAUGUCUGCAUCAUUGCCACCAUCUUAAAGAUCCCAUCUGCUAUUGGUAGGAAAAAAGCGUUUUUGACCUGCUCCUCUCAUCUCACUGUAGUUUGCAUUUUUUAUUCUACAAUAAUAAUCGUCUACAUGUUGCCAGCCACCCUGACUCUGAGAGAUCUCAAUAAAGUAUUCUCCCUUUUCUACACCAUCCUGACUCCCUUGAUCAAUCCCCUCAUCUAUAGCUUGAGAAACAAAGAUGUCCACAAAGCCCUAAGAAUGGUUUGUAGUAGAUGGCUAUUUUUUGUAAGGAGUCAUCUGAAUUUGUCAAGGAUCCGGCUGAAUUCAUCCCUUUCCUCAAUGCUUAAAAGGCAAUCAGAAGUUUUGAGGCAUAGCUGCUGACCUCAUCUGGGUGGCCACACCAUUUGGUUGUUGAACUCCUUUUGGUGUACUCAAAAAUGUUGUUGGGAUAAUUUUUGCUUUCGGUUCACAUUUCUGAGCAACUCUUGUGCUAUGACUUUUAGCUUAGCAAUGACAUGUCGAUUGCUUCCUCUGUCACUGCUUAGCCCUGCGUUAAUGGCAGUAAUAUGUAUAAACAAACAAAUGGAAUAUAUCCUUGUACUUCAAGGCAUCAUCCCAACAUCCACAUUUAAACUGGAGCUUCUAUCCAGGAGCUUAAGAUAAAAAUAUCCAGUAUAGCUUGUCAAUGAAUUGUGUGCCUUGGAAAGAUGAAGACCUGGAAAGUUAAACAACAAACAAACGAACAAAUCCCAAUUGGACACCGCAUCUGACCUGGUUUGAGUUUGUAGUAUGAGGAGAGGUGAGUUUAACUGUUCCACCCAUUGCAUUUAUUAUGAACCUCUCUUGCCCUCCCCUUCUGCUGCUGCUGCUAGAAUGUCAGAGCUAUUUCAGCUGCAGUUCAGCACAGAAACUCAGAGAGGAGCAGUAAGGUUGAGUCUUUAUUCAGAGGGACACAUAACCGAAACUCCGUGGGCAGGUCUAGCCUGAUGAAUCAGUUGCCAGAAAUGAAGAUCUGAACCUCCCACUUCCUCCUAAGAUUCCUCCUCAGGUGCCUGCCUUCCUAACCAUUGCAAACUCCUUCGAGGAGGGGCUCUCUGUGCCUUUUGUUCUGCUUUAUGUAAUACCCUCCUUGAUCUUGGGGACAGAAGAGGAGGGGAGAAGGAAAUAGUGGAACUGGCAGGUUGCUGGGGAUCUGUCACAGCCUCAGCCUGCUUCUCCUACUUAACUGCCUCACUUUCACUUAACCUGUUGCUUACUCAGCUUCCAACCCAUCUGCUCCCCCUUCUUCCUCUGGCCUGUCUUCUGUAUCCCACCAGCAUUUUCCUGGCUUAGAGCCUUACCACUCUGAUGCUUCCUGGGGUGUGUGUGUUCCCCAGCUGUAGCCUCCUACCAUUCUUAUUCAUCUAGGUAGUCCG